CUGCGACUUACCGACAACGAAAGCAAAUUCAUUUACAAUGCAAUAUAUUUUAUUGAAAAGGAGCCGCAGCAUGUCUUAGAGACGUCCAUUGGCACGUACUGCAUGGUGGCAUUGCCGCAAUACUCCGACAGGCAGGCACUGCGCGCAAGGGUGACGGACAUUCGCAGGGAUGUUACGGGCACACAGGUUCUGGCCGAUGUCCUGUACGUCGACGAAGGCCGCGCCGAUGUUGUCCCACUGCACUGUGUGUACCCCAUGAGUGAUAGCGAAGCCCGCGAUCCCUGCCGAUCAGUGGCCUGCUGCAUGCGGAGAAUCAGGCCAACUUUGGAGAGCUCCUGCUAUGACAUGCAAUGGCUCGUCGACAGGAGCAAACCUUACUACUUCGACGCCGUAUUCCAUGGCCUAUCGGAUGGUGGUGUUUACCAGGUGGACUUUUUCAUCAACAUUCCCGAUGCCCCCCCUGUGAUGCGGCGUCGGAGUGUUGCCCGACUCCUUGUCGAUAACGGCUUCGCAGAAUUCUUGGAUUACCUAGUAGAUGCCCCGCGUGUUGUUGUUGAACCGACAGCCGAUGCGAACGAUCAUUCCCAGCGUGAAUGCGAAGGCGUCGUCGAGCAGAUGCUGGCCGAAAGGGGAAGCACCAAGACCGAAAAUGGAGCCAUAGGAGCGAACGAAAUCUACAUUCAAGGUGACAUUUGCCCUGAGAGUAAAGCCUGCACUGGGAAUGAAAUCUGCGCCGACUAUGGAAUCGGCCGCGCUAGGACUGCAAUAAACGCCGUGGUGUUGGACAGAUCGCCUUCUACUCUCUCCGCAAUCAACGUUAAGGUGUUGGGCAAAUCACUCUCUACUCGCUCCGCAAUCAAUGGCGAGGUGAGCCCGUCCUCUUCUACUCACUCCACGAUCAGUGGUGAGGUAUUGGACAAAUCACCCUCCACUUUUUCUGCCUGAAGUGUUAAUUCACUGAGUCGCAGCUCUCUCUGCUUCGAAUUGACACCAUUUGUGCCACAAAGAAACAUCAUAGACAUCAGUGUUACGUUAAUCUUGACACCGGAUCACUGGUAUGGACAGCCUACCUCUGCGGUGAAAGACCUGUCAGAAAUGAGAGGCAUCAUAGAAUCGUGCAAGCAAGUGGCAUGUGUGAAACAAGAAAUCAAGAAGGGGUCAUACCUCAUAUAUCGUGAUUUGCCGCACGAACCUGGAACCAGAGUCCGUGUUGAGGAACUGCUUAGUGCUGGAAAGUGCCAGGUAUUUCUAUUUAGUCUUCUGCUAUGGGAGAAAGACUCUUGAUAGACUUACUAUGGAAGAUGGUGCUUUCAGCUUGGGAGAGUGUUUGCUAGGCCUUAUAGACGACAUGCAGGACAUUUGCAGGUAUGGCAGUUUCUUACAAAACAGGCUUUUUGCAAAGUCGGUUGGUGAGUUCGUCGCUGCCAGGUCCAGCCGCAACAACUUGUGGUACCGAGCAAAGGUUGUCUCUAUCGGUCAUGGCGAGCGUCUGAAAGUGAUGUUCGUGGACUUCGGGUUUUAUGAAUGGGUCACGUUGAAUAAUGUCAGAACACUGGAUCCACGCUUUACACUCCUACCCAUUCAGUCGCAGUUGUCAUCCCUCGUGGACACUGAAUUGUGCUGCAUGAGGGAUGGAACCAGCUGGGACAAGAAAAUGCGCAAACAGUUCCUCAAAUGUGUCACUGGCCGAACUCUUCUGAUCGAGACUGUGUGCUCGAAGGAGAAAUUUUUGCGUGUCAAGCUCUACUUCUGUCAUAAAGACGUGAUCUACAGUGUGACUGAUUUUAUAAGAAACAUAUAAACAGACUAAAGUCAAGAAAGAGGCUACAA